AUGUGUCUGCGCGUGCGUGUGAAGCGCUGCUGCUGUCCGUGUACGGUUUAUUUGUUUCUGCCUUUACUGUGCACGGUCCUCUGCAAAAACACAGUACACACAGGACUCCUGAGCGGUGUGGAGAACUAUGAGGUGACUUAUCCUGAAUGGCUGAGCCCAACAAGAACCAAAAGAGCUGCUCACAUGUACACAAAGCAUCCUUCAGAGGCUGAAAUCAAGAUUACUGCAGAUGGAACGGAACUUGUCCUGCAACUACAGAAAAAUGAAGAGCUUUUGGCCCCCAAUUAUCAAGAAGUUUGGUAUGGUCCAAAUGGUGAACGCCAGUUCUUCAAGCCAUCCAGAAGGGAUCACUGUUAUUACCAUGGUACAGUGAAAGGAGUGCAGGACUCAAGCGUGGUUCUCAGCACCUGUACUGGACUCAGGGGCAUCAUAUCCAUGAACAGCAGUGUUACCUACAUGAUCGAGCCUCUGCCCAAUCAAACGGUCUCUCAAGGCCAUGCUGUGUUUAAUGCUGAGAGCCUGAAAAUACCACAAAGCACCUGUGGCCAACAGCAUGGAGAGCAGAACCACACAGACAAACUGGACCAGCUGAUUGGUGGGAUUGCACAGGCCUACCAGACCAAUAGGGAAAAGAGAGAAGUUAGCCACAGCAUGAAGUAUGUGGAGUUGAUGGUGGUGGCUGAUCACGCUGAGUGUCUGAAACAUCAAGGAAACCUGGAAAAAAUCAAAGCGAAGCUACUUGAAGCAGUGAACUAUGUAGACAAGUUUUACAAAGCACUGAACAUUCGGGUCGCACUGAUUUUGCUGGAGAUUUGGAACGAUGGGGAUAAGAUAAACGUGUCUGCCAAUCCCUACAGCACACUGGGAGAGUUCUUAUCCUGGAGAAGAAAGCAGCUGCAACAGUUACCCAACGACAAUGCACAGCUUAUCACGGGUACGUCGUUUCAUGGUACCACUAUAGGACUGGCUCCGCUUAAAGCCAUGUGCUCAGAAUACCAGUCAGGAGGUGUUAACUCGGACCACUCUGAUGUUGCAGUUGGGGUAGCAGCCACCAUGGCCCAUGAGAUGGGACAUAAUUUUGGGAUGAAUCAUGACAGUGAGGGUUGCUGUCAGGCUCUGCCUGAUGAUGGAGGCUGCAUCAUGGCUGCAGCUACAGGCCACCCGUUCCCCCGUGUGUUCAACCCGUGUAACCUGGCAGAACUGAAGCGCUAUCUGAACUCAGGUGGAGGAAAGUGUCUGUUUAAUCUCCCAAACACCAGGGUCAUGUACGGAGGUCAACGCUGUGGUAAUGGCUACCUAGAAGAAGGAGAGGAGUGUGACUGCGGAGAGGAGGAGGAAUGUUCCAGUCCAUGUUGUAAUUCCAAUAACUGCACCUUAAAAGCAGGGGCAGAGUGUGCCCAUGGAGUCUGCUGUGAAAAUUGCAAGUUAAAAAGUCCGGGUGUGCUUUGUCGACCUAACUCGGGCUCCUGUGACCUGCCCGAGUACUGUGAUGGAAAAUCAGAGUCAUGUCCUGCUAAUUUCUACCUGGUGGAUGGCAGUCCCUGCGCAUACAGCGAAGCCUACUGUUACACAGGCAUGUGCCUGACCUUGGAGCAGCAGUGUCUCUCUCUCUGGGGGAAAGAUGCCCGACCUGCUCCGGAUUUGUGCUUCACCAAGGUGAAUGAGGCCGGGGAUCCUUAUGGCAACUGUGGCAAAGACCUCAUGGGCGUAUACAGGAAGUGCAGUGAGAGAAAUGCUAAGUGUGGCAAGAUACAAUGCCAGAGUGCUGCCUCCAAGCCGACAGAGACCAACGCAGUCGCCAUCGACACCACAGUCACCUACGACGGCAACCGGAAAAUCCUGUGCCGGGGUACGCACGUCUACAAGUCAAAUCACAGAGGUCAAAAUCAGGGAGAUGAGAACCAGGGGGAUACACUGGACCCUGGGCUGGUCAUGACUGGUACCAAGUGUGGAGAAAAGGCAAUUUGUUUUAACGGGGAGUGCCGCAAUACAUCCUUUCUGCGAGCGGACGAGUGCAACGCCAAGUGUCAUGGCCAUGGGAUGUGCAACAACAACCAUAACUGCCACUGUGACAAAGGCUGGGCACCACCUUCCUGUCUGAAUCCAGGAAAUGGUGGCAGUGUGGAUAGUGGCCCAGUGAACUCACAAGGCAAACUACGUCUUCUCAUGGUGAUCCUACCCUUGAUCAUCCUCUUUGGGGGAUUGUCUGUUCUGCUUUCCUGCUUGUACUGUAAGCGGAAGCAUCAUUUUCUCAAAGGCGCUGCUGAUGCUCCACCUCAGAUAAGAAUUAAUGACCCAGCCUUAUCAGACUCCCGACCUAAUGGUCAACGCAAUGGUCAUGCCAACCCAACGUUCCAGCUAAAGAAACCUAAUACAGAUAAAACACCUGCUAGUCAGCCGAGUCCUGCUGGUCGACAAAGAUUAAAGCCCCCUGCGGACAGACCUCCACCCAUACCAGCAUUUGCACCAAAGCAGCAGAGUCGUUCACUGCCAGAAACCAAAUCCAGUCCUUAUCCGUCUCAAUCAGCGACACCCAAAACCAGGCCAAACCCCCCAAGUAGACCUCCCCCACCCUGUCCUGUCACCAAUCCCUCUCAGAUUAAAGAGGAGCAGAGACGCGUUCCAGUGUCACCACUAUUGCUUAAGCAAGGAAAGGCCUCUCUGGCGCCCUCUGUAGGGCAGUUUAAGUAAUCGAUCAAGCAGAAAAUGGAAGAAAAUGAGGAGUUGGAGAGUUUUCGACUGUAAUCUGUAAAGAAAACGGUUUAACUGGAUAAAACUUUAUUAAUCUUGUAUAGUAAAUGGGCAUUAUUAAUCUUAACAGAGGAUCCUUAAAAUAAGGAUUCAGCAUUCAGCAUUCAUGUUUACCUCUUCAGCAGCGACUGAAGUCUGCUGAAGACAAACACCAUUUUUGCCUAAUACAC